UAAAAAGGACUCUUUGUAAUGCGCUGGGGAGCCAAAAAUAGCACAACCUCUCUAGCAAUUGGGCGAGGAGGGAGCCCAGGGCAAAGAAAUACAGUAACCUAACUCACAUGGAUAAAAAUGAAAAAUUCAAAUGGACAAAUUAGCAAGAAGAGAAUGGCUGAGUCUAGUACAAGAAAAGCAAGAAAGACGGGUCGUAUUAAGAAAGAUAGAAUAAGUGUUCUCCCCCGGAACAUACUAGAAACUAUCCUUUGUUGUCUUCCUAUACGAGAUGCAGUGAGAACCAGCGUCUUGUCGAGAGUUUGGAGGCAUUGCUGGACUACGGUUCCAGAUCUAGUUUUUGAUGAAUGUGUAAGGAAUAUGUGGAUGGAUCAUAAUCGGGUACUAACGGCUCUCAAACUUGUUAGUGUGAUAAAUAUGGUUCUCCUACGCCACAAUGGUCCCAUUCUCAAAUUUUCCCUCACAAUUCCUCUAUAUUGUUGCGAUUUUGAAGUAGUUCAUGAUUAUAUUGAUCAGUGGAUUCCAGUGUUUUCAAGAAUGGGUAUCAGGCAAUUUACUCUAGAUCAAUAUUAUCAAGUACAUAGAGUGCAUAAUUUCUCUACUUUAAAUCUGAGUCAUUUGAGGCUUCGCAAUGUUUGGUUUCCCUAUAAAUCUGCAGUUGGAGGAUUGACUUAUCUGAGAAUUAUCGAGUUAAUUAAAGUAUCGGCUUCUGAAGAAAGCAUCUUCAGUUGCCCCGUGCUUGAGAAGUUGAGCUUGAUAUAUUGUAAAGGACUCUUACCUAGUAACUUCCGUGCUCCUAAUCUCAAAUGCCUCCAUCAGAUGUAUUGGGAAAUGACUUCGGAAUUUUCCUUAUCUGGGUUGGAAAACCUUACUGAAUUUUCUUGCAGGUUGUCAUCUUGGCCAGAAAUGCACAAUGAAAAAUCUAAUAUGGUUAAGGUUUUUAGUAGUCUACAUAAAAUUGAGAAGAUCUGUAUAGCAAAGUGUUCUAUAACGUACUUGGCUGCAGGAGGUUCUCCAAAGAGGUUUACCAAACCACUACCUUACCUUAAGACUCUAUGUAUCUGUGAUAUAGAUUUAAAUUGUUUGUCCGAGGUCUCUUGUUUGCGCUGUUUGAUACGGAGUGCUCCCAACUUGUGCAAACUACAUAUUUCGGGAAGCGAUGAGGCCGAAGAGGAGAAUCUUAACAGUCGUUGGGAAGACGCUUCCGAGGAAUGUACUGUAGAUCAUCUUGAAAUUGUCACAUUCAGUAAUUUCAGAGGUCUCGAAGGUGAGUUGGAGCUAGUCAAGUUUCUACUUGCCAGCUCCCCGUUGCUGAAAACAAUGUUCAUUCACUAUGAUUGGGAGAUGGGAAAAGAUGAUGCAUUUGAAAUAUUAGAAGAGAUGUUGGAAUUUUCUAGAGCUUCACCAAGAGCUCAAAUCAAACACUUAAAAUACCCCUUUCAUGCUGUUGAUUAUGGACCUUGGGUUGGACCUUGGCUUGAUGCACUAGAAGAAUAACAUUGAUCAAAGCUUUUGCAUGUUCUUUGUAAUUUAGCCGCUUUUGCUAAAUAUGUAAAAUGUUAGAAGAGAUAGUGGAAUUUUCCAGAGAGCAGAUCAAACACUUACAACGCCCUUUAGAUAUUAAUGAUUUUGGACCUUGGGUUAAUCAGUUUAAUUUAUAUAUGUAUAAAGAUUAUGAUCAA